AUGGACGAGGGGCACCCUAUCAUACGGUGCCCCUGCGUACUUUACCUUAGCUGGCGGCGGGUUGGAACGCUUUUGUGCCGUGCGGACAAUUCCGACCGCUUUAGGUCCCUGGCGUUGCGCCGAACCAGGGAUCUGUUUGUGGAGCUGCUGGACGAGCUCGAAGGCGUCCAAUCUCCUGUGGGUGCACCUGUGGCAGCAGGGGUACCGCGGGUGACUAGUGCGGAGGGACAAGACCUUGCUGUGCCCAAACCUCCUCCGGCUGAGCCCCCCGGAGGACCUCGAUUGGGAGCCCCCACCGAGGAAAGAACUCCCGCACCCGGGGAGAUUGUAGUUGGCCCGGCCCAGGCCACUUCCAAGGCUGCAGCCCCUCCUCCGCCUGAAACCGCGGCUGCUGUUCCUGCGCCCGACCAAGAAGAAACCAAGUCUCCCGCAAAAGAGGGAGUGAAUACAACCAAGCCCACCAAAGAAGACAAGCCACACAAGAAAAAGAAAGACCGGAGUACCAAGGAGAAAAAACCUAAGAGGUCAAAGUCCCAGAGGAGAUCUCAGCUCAGAAGUAGCACUCCUGUCAAAGAGGAGUCGGAAGAAGGCAAGCUAGACAAGCCCCCAAGAACUCGCCGUCGACGAAGCUCUACCAAGGACUCCCGCAGCACUCGGAGGGAGAAAAGAUCCAGACCAGCCCGCGCAGACCAGAGUCUAACCAGUCAGAGGGAGGAAGACCGAGAGCGGCAAAGAGAAAGACGAAGAAGCCCGUCCAGAAGGGAGAAAAAACGAAGAGACUCCCGAUCGAGAAGCCGAGGCCGUGACUGGCGAAGAGACGGUUGUCACCCAGGUGGGAGAGACACUGAGCAGGGGUCAGCAUCCUCCCGUGGCCACUUACCACCUCCCGAACCAGCCACACCACCUCAAAGGUGGACACCAGCUCCAAGAGGACCCCCUCCUGAGAAGUUUUACUCUACGCCCUACGCUUACUCCUAUUGGAAGGGGUACAAUAGGGUCUGGACCCAGAGUAAGGGAGCUAAAAGGAGAGCAAGGGCAGAGGAUAUUCGAGUCUACGGUACCGACCCUGAGCGAAAGGCAGACAGGGAGCGUAGAGACCGUGAAAAGAGGGAGACUGGUGAAGAGACCUGCUCUUGCGAUACUACUCCCGAGGUGGUUGGGAGCGGCGCUUGGGACAAGUUGGCACAGACCGACUACUUUGAGAAGGAGGUUGACAUUGUGGACAAGGUUGAACGCGUGGUGGAGGAGCUGAGGGAGAUUGGGAGUGGAAUUUAUCCUCCCGCAAUUGGUGUCCUCCUGUGUUUAGGGUGCUGUGAGCGGAAGAGAUGCAAACAGGAAUUAUUCCACCUGAUCAAGUUCAAGAAGGUCGAGGCCGAGGACCCGAGGACAUGCAAAGACAACCUACAAGUGGAGGGCGAGAAAGAGAGGAGCACUCCCGAGGCCAGUGGGAGUGAGAGAAAAGAAGAGGAGGAGCAAGACCAAGGUUGUGAAGAUCUGGAUGGCGAGGCUUGGCAGGAAGAGCACAGUGGGGCAAGGGCAACGUUUCACCAUGAGGAAGUGGGAGAGACUGCCAUCUCUCCCAAGGGUACAAGUUUUACAGGAGUUGACGAAAACCGAGGGAUGAUGAAGAAGACGAAUGACUCUUUCAGGAGUACUCCCGAGAACAGCGGGAGAGAGAGACGAGGAGAGGAAGAACAAGAUCGAUGGGCUGAAGACCUUGGUGGCGAAGCUUUGAACAAAGAGCGCAGUGGGGCAAGGAUAGCGUUUCACUAUGAGGAUGUGGGAGAGGCUGCCAUUUCUCCCGACACUACGUUUUGUACAGAAGCCAAUUUGGGUGCAAAUGACCCUGAUCGGGCCUUCUCAGGAAUAGACUAUAAAGGAGAUGAAGUUAUGACGGCACAGCCCAUGCAGUGGGAAAAUGUGAAGGGAGCACUCCCGAAGGAAGUGGGAGGAGUGGCCUUGGCCGAAGUGGUUGAGAUGGGCUCCCGACAUUACGUCCUCAAUUUUGAGGAGUAUCUGCUGGCGGUCGAAGAUCAGAAAUAUACCAGACCUCCCCGGGUGAUGGUUCCUCCUGCAGAAUGGGAGACGUUUUGUACAGAACUCCUGAGGCGCUACAAAGGAUUUCCAAUCCUUCCUCCAGAGACCGUACUUGGAGCGCAAGCAUGCCAGGGGGACUUGGAAGAAGCAGAAGAAGCACCACAAAAGGCAUCCAAAAAGUGCACAAGGAUGUGCAAUGGGUUUGGACUCUUGAUUCUUGGGCAUGGCCGGAACAAGAGUAGCCUUAUCUCACUUUGGCCAGGGAUCACUUAG